UACUCACCAGUUGGUGGUGGUAAUGGUGGCAGUAGUAGUAGUGAGUAGUGGUAUUGUGGUGGCGGUAUGUUUCUCGUGUCGCCGAGAACGUCUGGUGGAAGUUAGCUAGGUAGCGUUUGUCCGUGAGCCGAUCGAGGAGGUUUGUACGUUCGUUUCGUACUUUCGUAUUUCGUUAGGAACAACGGGAACGACAGAAGCCAUCAUAAAGGGGCACAAGCACGCAUCUAGCAAGAAGGAGUAAGAAUAAUUCGUGUAACGUUCUUUAACGUUAGAGGGACAAUAUCACGAUAAUAGAUAGAAUCUGGUAGGGCAUGAGAUAUUGGAUAAUACUUUUACGAUUAAUUUGGAAAGUGCAUAAGCCAAUUGUGGCUAAGUUAGUGGUGUUUUUAUAAAUAGUGCUUAUUUAGUGUGCGCGGCGUGCAAGUGCCGUUGACGUUUCGUGUGUCAGUGUCCUCUCUCUCUCUCUCUCUCUUUCUCUCUUUCUUUCAUUCGGCGUCUCUUUCUCUCUCUCUCUCUCUCUCUCUUUUUCUUUCUCUCUUUGUCUUUUAUACGGAAACUGUUCUAGUCUCUCCUCUUUGACGUCCAACGGAAAGAAGGGGAUACAGCAACGGAAGGAAAAAAUAAAGGAUAGAAAGAGAGAGAGAGAGAGAAAGAGAAAGAGAGAGAGAGAAAGACUGCAAGCUUCUCUCUCUCUCUCUCAUUGCCAUGCCAAAUGACAGGUGCGAGGCGCCCCUCGAAAGGUUAUUCCCAUUGUUGACCAUAGGCUACGUCGUUCCCGCGUUAUUCUUAUACGUCGCCGUAAUCGCAGAAUGACGAGAUUACGUCGGGCCUCAUCGUUUUUUCGGAAGUCAGGCGAAGAAGAGGAGAAAAAACAGCAACGACGACGACGACGACGAAGACCAGGAGGAGUACGGAUUCCCUCGCGCUAGCGACAGGCUAUGAGCGCUGACAAUGGGGACGACUCCUUGCCCACGUGGCGCUUAUGGGGCGAGGAAAGGGGCGAUGGCGUCAUAUACACUGUCUACUUGAAGAAAGUACGUUAUCACAGACCUACGAGAAGCCUUUCCGCAUCGGACUCGGACGACGAGAUCUCGCACUUAGAAUGGGAGACCGUAAGAGUACGAUUCUUAAAAGCGGGUACCGUUCAACGUCUCGUAGAGAGCUUAGCCAACGACGAUGGAGAACUCGAGUCGACCUACAUCAAUGUCUUCCUUGCGACAUAUCGUGCUUUUACCACACCGCGAGAAGUCCUCGAACUGCUUCUCGCCAGGUACGAUGCGCUCGACGAAAAUACAGGCGCCCUCACCGGUGAACAACAUCGUAAAACCCUUAUUCAGGCGCUUCAUGUUUGGCUCGACGCCUAUCCCGGUGAUUGGAAAACACCACCAAAUCAUCCACUACUCGCUAGGCUUCUCGAUUUUGCUCAUCGACGCUUACCUGGCUCGGAACUCGAGCUUAAGGCUAGGCAUCGUUUGCAUAGAUUCCAACGUGAGGAUCAAAUUGAUUGCGUGGUGUACGACAAUGGCCGAGUUCAUGGCAGUUCGGAUUCGAACGGUGAUCAAUGGACGAGUUAUACGUUCCCUGAAGUUCCACAACGACAUUUCGCGGAGCAAUUGACUCGGAUGGAUGCCGAAGUUUUUAAAAAACUCGUGGCGCAUCAAUGUUUAGGCGCAGUUUGGUCUAGAAGAGAUCGUUCGAGGAAUCACGAGGCAGCUACGGUCUUGGCAACGGUCAAUCAAUUCAACGCAGUAUCAUUACGCGUAAUAUCGACCAUUUUGACAGAACCGACAAUGAAGUCGCAAGACCGUGCGAGAAUUCUCGAGGCCUGGAUCGACAUAGCGCAGGAAUUAAGAGUUCUCAAGAAUUUCAGUAGUUUGAAGGCUAUUGUUUCCGGUUUACAAAGUAAUCCAGUUUAUAGGCUCGAAAAAUGUUGGCAAUCAAUGCCAAGGGAAAAGCACGAAUUGUUUCGUGAACUCGAAAGAAUUUUCUCCGAGGAGAAUAACGCUUGGACGCAGCGAGAAUUGUUGAUCAAAGAAGGUACAGCUAAAUUCGCCGACACCGCCGGUAGAAGCGACAGACAUCUUCAGAAAUUAUUUCAAAAGCAAAAUACUCACGCUGGAAAUAUCAGUUACGGCACGAUACCGUACUUGGGCACGUUCUUGACAGAUCUCACGAUGAUCGACACCGCCAUCCCCGAUACGAUAGCGGACGGUCUGAUCAAUUUCGAUAAGAGACGAAAGGAGUUUGAGGUACUGGCAAGAAUAAGAUUGCUUCAAGGUGCAGCAAAUGCAUACAACUUUAGUACGGAUCCAUUGUUCGAUCGUUGGUUCCAUUCCGUGGUGGUGUUGGAUGAUCGAGAGGCUUAUAAAUUGAGCUGUCAAAUCGAACCACCACCACCUGGUAACACCUUAAAUAGUCGGGGCAAGAAGAAACAGAGUCAUCAGGGUCAUCGGAAGAAUGACUCGAUAGCCUCUACGUCGAGUUCUAGCAGUUCGCAAUUCUAUUGCGAUCUCGAUUCUUUACCUAGUUCGCCGCAUAACUCGUUGGAUCGUCGUACAUCGCCUUCGCAAAUGUCAAGCUCCUCUUCGAGUUCUUCUCUUCCUUCCUUGGACGUGUCCUUGAGCUCGGGCGGAGGUGGCGGCGGAGCAGGGGUCGGUGCCGCCAAUCGUUUGGCCCCACCGACCGGGACUUCUUUUACAGGGAAUGGAAGUACUCCGAAUUUGGUUGGAUUGUCCAGUCCAAGUCAUUCGCACAAGAAUUCACCAGACUUUUACAUUAUUAAGGUUACCAUGGAAAGCGAGAACGUUGAAACGGACGGUGUUGUGCUUUACAAAUCUAUCAUGUUAUCCAACAACGAGAGGACUCCCCAAGUAAUACGUAAUGCUAUGCUCAAACUAGGGAUCGAGGGUAGUCCUGAUCAAUAUACUCUCGCCCAAGUUUUACCCGAUCGAGAAAUGGUUCUACCCCAUUCGGCUAACGUUUAUUAUGCCGUUAAUACCGCACAUAAUCUUAAUUUCAUUCUACGACCUAAAAGGGACGUCAACGACUCUGCCACGGAAAGUCCGAAAAGUAAAAACAGUCACAAUCAUAAACGGUAGUGUUGGCUACACGAGGAUCUUAUCCUCGGUCUAUCCUCGAAACUUUCGAUGCGACAUGAUCGUUUAUCGCGAUUCGAAUACGAUCACGAAGGAUAGGGGAAACAAAAGAUAAUUUAAAGAGAGAAAAUAUUCCUUUUCUUUUUUUUUUUUUUUUCUUUUUUUAAUUUAUUUUUCAUUUUUCUUUUCUAUUCCUCGAAUCAACCAUUCGACACUCGCGAUACUCGUCGAUUACAUUAUUUCGAAGAAAAAUUUCGUUUGUAUCGAAUGAUCGACAUUGAAUCUCAUCGCGCUGCCAUUAGGUUUGUUUCGUCAAUUUACUUGUUUAAUUUUUAUUUUUCUUUUCCCCCUUGUAAUUUUUUUCUUUUGCUCUUUUUUCUUUUUGUUUUUUUUUUGUUUUUGUUUUUUUUGUUUUUUUUCCCUUGUGAGAACCAUGACAGAGCCGUUACGUCGUCCGUUAUUUCAUAAAUAAUCGAUCGGAUCCGUAAAUCGUUAAUCGAUCGACACUGAUCGCGAUGAAUUUAAUUUAUAAGAUACGUCAUUUUUAUUCUUCUUCCAUUGCAACGUAACGACGGACUAAUUAAUUAAGUGUUAGCAAAAUAAAAAGAAAAUGAAAAAAAAAGAAAAUAAAAAAAAAAAAAAGAAAGAAUAGACACCGUUUAGCAUGGAUACAUAGGUUUUUAUCUAUCGUAUAGAGAUUGUUUAGCCGUGAAAGAAAUGUAGAUGAAGGAAGGUAUAAUAUUAUUGUACAAUGUAAUAUCGAACGCGAUACGUAUAUUUACAAACAUUUGCGUUAUACACGCUACACACAUACAUGUACACUCAUUCUUACGUACACGCACACACACACACACAUACACACAUACACAUUUAUGUUUACCUAGCGGUUAUAUUGAGAUUAUAAG